GUUGCUAAAAUCAUCUUUUAUAUCAUGUAAUGGUCCAACAACACUUUCUGAUGGCAGAAUUAAAAAAAAUCUAUACAUGUCAUUGCUCAGGAAAUUAUGUUCCAAAAGGAUGUGGGAAACGUCAAAUAAAAUCACAGGGAUCUUGCAAAAGUGGAAAGAUACGUCUUGCUUCUAUUGAGGUGUUUAUUAGAUCAAAUUCAAUAGUAGUUAAAUACCAUAAAAACCACUGUGGACACAAUCUCAGUCUUGCACACAUCCAUUUGUCUGAUAGUGAAAAAGCAGUUAUUGCAGUAGUUAAAUACCAUAAAAACCACUGUGGACACAAUCUCAGUCUUGCACACAUCCAUUUGUCUGAUAGUGAAAAAGCAGUUAUUGCAGAAUGGUGUGUCACCCUGCAGAGAAUCUUAGAUGAUAUUCGUGAUUCUGCAAGUAAUGAACUUACCCGCAUUCAUCUUGUGACAAGAAAAGAUUUGCAAAAUAUCAAGUUUGCAUACAACAUUCAGGAAAAGAAGAAAUAUCAUCCUGAAGAUAAGAUCAGUGUGCAGCUAUGGGUGGAUAAAAUGAAAACAUUAGAACAGUCUCCAGUUUUAUAUUUUAAACAGCAAGGGUGUAAAGUACUAUAUUUUAUCUUAUCGCUCUACAACAAUUCUUGUACCGGAAAGAGCCGUUACCUAACGGGUACUUUACGCGGAUUUGUGUUUAUUGUUGCCAGGCCUGGACUGUUUGUGUGCACCGGAGUAAAUUGGGAAGUUGAUGCUCAACAGAAACUUGGCAAAGAAGAUUUUAUUUUGAUAAUCAUGUUACCAAUACAACAAGAAUUAUUAAAGAUGCUAGGACAGCAGAUGAUCUGUGUGGACUUCACUCAUGGCACUACUGCAUAUGAUUUUUAUGUUAGUACUAUAUUAACAGUUGAUGAAUUUGGAAGUGGUCUACCAUGUGCAUACUGCUUAAGCAAUCGAAUAGACACAACCACGUAUUCUUUGUUUUUUGCUGCUGUCAGAGAAAAGCUUGGAAAACUGGAAACCAUUGUUUUUAUGUCUGAUGAUGCAUCUGCAAUUUACAAUGCAUGGAAAGAUAUUAUGGUUCCAGCUACACAUCAGUUAUUGUGCACAUGGCAUGUAGAUAGUGCCUGGCGUAAAAAAGUUAUCUCAUCUUUCCCUGAUAAGGUUACACAAGCACUUAUAUACAAGAUGCUACGAGUUCUUCUUGAAGAACCAAAUCCAGAAAAAUUUGAAAAUCUGAUAAAGGAAUUCAUUCAAUCAUUAAACAAAAAAGAAACUGAAGAAUUUCAAAAGUAUUUUGUUCAUACUUAUGCUUCCCAUUUUAAAGUGUGGGCAUACUGUUAUAGAAAGGGUCUUGGCAUAAACACAAACAUGUAUUUGGAGGCCAUGCAUAGAGUUUUAAAACAUUGUUAUUUGGAAGGUAAAGUGAACAAGAGGGUGGACCAUUGUAUUGAUGUGUUGUUAAAGAUGACUCGUGACAAAUUGUUUGAACGCAUCAUAAAGAUGUGCAAGGGGACUAUUUCACACAGGCAAGCAAAAAUACAUAAAAGUUACAAAGAAAGUGAAGCAAUAGCAUUUUGUGAUAUUACCAACGUCAUUGACAGUAUACAAUGGCAAGUAAAAUCACAAAGCAUAACAAAUUGUAUAUAUGUGGUGGAAAAAAAAAAUGAGAACAUUGAAGAUCAUACUAGAUGCAAGUUGUUAUGUAACAUAUGCAAUGUGUGCGUGCAUAUGUAUUCAUGUACAUGUCUGGAUUACGAAGUGAGUUUAAACAUGUGUAAGCACAUCCAUGCAGUAAUCAAAACAGAAAAAGAAACCUCUAACAGGAAUGCAGCAAAUGAAUUAUCUUGUGACAUUUUGGCUGAUGAUCCAAAUACACUUUUUAAGAGUGUAGAAAAUUACCGUGUAUGCAUAAGUAAGGAAACUAAAACUAUUGAUCAAUCAUCUGAAUAUUGUGAAUUGGAAAAAACUUAAAUGCAGU